GCCGUUUUCUCCUCUCUCGUUAACACUCUUCUCGUUAAACUGCUGGCUAGGUGCUCCUAACAAAAUCCAGGGGCGAUAUGCAGCAAAGGUAGAAAGGUCUAACGAACCCUAUUAGCGAGCUACUCCCUAUAGCUUCAAUACCACAAAAGUUAAAACCACCCCUCACAAAAACAACGACACACACAUACUGUACAUUGACAAAAACACCCCUCACGGACAAGACACGUGCCCACAACCUAUCUUUAUAUAUCCGGACCUCCUUUCUCUUUGUCACCCACCAUUCUUAAACAAAACCAACAAAUAUUCUGAAUUUAUAAUCGGGAUCAUGUGUUGCAGCCAUGGAUUUAUCUCAAGAAUCCCUACCACACCCCCACCUCUCGUCUCCCGACAACCCCACUUCUCGAUUCCAUCCACAGUUCGUAUACCUAUAGCCACUCGUACUACCAAAUCUUUCAGAACAAAAUCGGCGGCGGCGGCGGCCGCCGUUAAAGAUGGCAGUGGAUCUGUAUCGGAGACAGUCAUGGAAGAUCUGAGCUUUUAUCAACUUCUAGGGAUCCCGGAAACAGUGACGUAUGUUGAGAUCAAGCAGGCCUAUAAACAGUUAGCCAGAAAGUAUCACCCCGACGUGUCUCCGCCGGGCAGGGCGGAGGAGUAUACUCAGAGGUUUAUUCAGGUACAGGAAGCAUAUGAAACAUUGUCGGAUCCUAACCGGAGGGCUAUGUAUGAUCGAGAUAUGGCCAUGGGGAUUCACUUCGGUUUUUCUUCUCGUAAUCAUCUCCGAAAUGAUGAGCAUAUGGUGAAAAGCGAAUGGAGAGGCCAAUGGCAAAGUCAAUUAUCAGAGCUUCGAAGAAGAAGCAUGCACAAAGAAUCCGGUAAAAACUCAUCAUGGGCAGCUCGUAUGCGCAAGCAAAGGGAAGAAUCUUCAUCAUAGUUAUAAACAAAUCAUCAAGAUUUUAUGUAAAUUUACACCCUACUAAUUCUAAACUUAUAUAGGAAAGACGGUUUUGUAUAUAGUAAAAAUUAUGUACAAUCAAUAACAACCCUACUUUUUUACAUGACAAUAUUUGUCUUUUUUUUUUUUUUUUUUUCAUGCUAUUGUUUCACCUUUGGUUGCUUUCGUGGUUAUUGGUGGUCGGUUUUCUAAU